AUGACUGUCGACGUAUGUGUUCAUUUUCUUGUUGCUACUGGUAUAGUAGUAUGGAUAUCAGUAUUCGUUAUUGCUUACUUGCUCAUGAGUAGGAAUUAUCCUCCACCAACCGUAUUGUACGGUAUUAUUAAUUCUGAUAUCAACAUUAAUGUUGACUUUCAAUCAGUCACUCCUUAUGAGCGUAAUAUUAAUAUCGACGACCGCCUAACGGAGAUUAUUACUCUACUGGCGAACAUAGUGGAAAGUAUGUCGAUGGAGAGAAUUCGCCGAAACAUGUCUAUAAGAAAUUUUUUGAACCCGGAAUUCUUGGGUGGUGGGAGGCAAUAA